UUAAUUAAUUUUAAUUCAACUAUUUUAAUUGUAAAAAUAUGUGUUUAUCAAGUAAUAGAAGCAGAAAUUCGACUCUUUCGCGCUCUUGAUUGAUGAAAAUCAAAAUUAAUAACAAUAAUUUGAAUUAAAUCGCUAGGAAACACGCCUUUCGUAUUUCUUUAGCAUUACAAGUAACGUUAAAGACGUUAUAAGUAACAAAUCACGAACGUUAUCACGUUCGUGGAAUAAUCUUGUCAUGUGUGAUUACAUGUACAGCAACUUCCUCGUCGUGCCAAUCAGGCAACAUUUUGCGGCGAAGUUAAAACCGCAUCUCACCCCUUCUACUUUCAUAUCAUUAUGAGUGAAGAACGAGAGACUUUUUCAGUAUUUAGUAAUCUAUCGUGCUGCUGCGAACGACUUUAAUCUUUUCGACGUUUAUAUGCUUUAUUUACUAACAAUGAAACUUCUCACGUUAACUUGUGUCUUAAUCACCAUCUGCAGUUGUGCCAGUCAAGUUACGUUGUGCGAUAACGAAGAGUUACUGCCUCACGAUGGUUCAGAGAUUGAAUGCACGGGAAGACGUAUGGAACUCAAUCAUUACAUGAAGGAGGUGACGUGCGUGCCGAGGCUUACUCAUGUAAAACUGGUACCGGAGCGUGGCUACACGUUCUAUCCAAAUUAUGCCAUGGUGAACAGAUGCGGUGGCUUCUGCCCUAAUUCGAAGUCAUGCUUGCCAGUCAAGACGAAUCUCACAAGUAUUAUCGUAAGAAGAGAUAGCUACAACUCCAGCCAGUGUUAUGAAGUGUUGGUCGAGGAACAUAUGAAGUGCAAAUGUGCUUGUAGCGUGAUGGCACACCAUUGCAGUAUACACCAUAUAUACUCGGAGGACAAUUGCGCGUGCGAAUGUAUGAACAGAUUGGAAUGCGACGAAUCACGCCAGAUGGUCUGGGACGAGAAAACUUGUAAAUGCGUCUGCAACAAAGCUACAGAAAUCUGCGCGAGCGGACUCGAAUGGGUCCGUUCUCGCUGCAGAUGCCUCAGAGUUAUGGACAUGCCAUUCGUACCGAAUGAAAACUUUAUCAUUGGUCAAAAUAAUACAUUAUGAAAGAAAUAAGAUGAAGAACCAGUAAUAUUCUUAUGUAUUUGACUUAUUACGUAUUAUCUUGUAUUUUGAAAAUUACUCUAUACUAUCAUCUAUAAUAAAAUUGUGGGUACGUUA